AACAAAAGAGACCUAUUUCGUCUGCGUUGUUUCGAAGCUGUUGAAACAGAUAAAAAUAAAAUAAAUAACCAAAAAAUCGAGCGUAUUCUGAAAUUCGAAAAUCCAGAAACCACCGCCAUAGAUCCCCUCCCCGCCUCCCUUCAUCGCCGGAGCAUUGGGUUUUCUUCCGGCAUUAUUAUCGAGCAAUGAAGAAAGGAGGAGCGAAGAGAAAGGGAGCUUCAAAAGCGACUCGCAAAGGUGCUGCUGCUGCUGCGGAGAGUCAGAACGAUGAUGAGGUGAUUGCUGAGUCUCCCGAGGCGUCCACGCAGGAGGAGAGUCAGCAGCCUAAGGAAGAUGUCGUCGACGAGAACGGGGAAUCUGCGAAGGGGAAUCAGGAAGACGAAGAGGAAGAAGCUAAACCGGACGAUUCUCCUUCUCAGCAGCAACAAGAGGACGUCAAGGCGGAGGAAGUCGAUGGAGAUAAGAAGAAACCUGGUCGUCCUCCUCGUGGUGGUGGUAAGCGAAAGAGGGCCGCCACGAAGAAGGAGGUUGAUGAGAAGAAACUGGUUCCUCCGAAAGCGCGAGUGGUUAAACCACAGGAAGAGCCUGAGUACUUCGAGGACGAGCGUAAUCUGGAGGGUCUGUGGAAGGCUGCAUUUCCCGUGGGAACGGAGUGGGACCAGUUAGAUGCACUUUAUGAAUUUAAUUGGGAUUUCAAGCAUCUUGAAGAAGCAUUGGAGGAGGAAGGUGGAUUGCUCUUCGGGAAGAAAGUCUUUCUUUUCGGCUGUACAGAACCCCAGUUAGUCCCCUUCAAAGGCGCAAACAAGAUCCUCCAUGUCCCAGCAGUUGUUGCUGUUGAAUCGCCCUUUCCACCUUCUGAUAAGAUAGGAAUCACGUCGGUUCAGAGGGAAGUGGAGGAAAUCAUUCCAAUGAAGACAAUGAAAAUGGACUGGCUUCCUUACAUUCCGCUUGAGAACAGAGGUAGACAAGUUGAUAGGAUGAACUUUCAAAUAUUUGUCUUGGGCUGUACGCGGAGGAGAGCUGCUCUCAGACAUAUGAAGGAAGAUCUCGUUAAGAAGUACGAGUAUUGCCUUCCUUAUUUCUAUCAGCCGUUUAAGGAAGAUGAACUCGAACAGAGUACUGAGGUCCAGAUAAUGUUUCCCUCUGAACCGCCGGUUGUAUGCGAAUUUGACUGGGAGUUUGACGAACUUGACGAAUUUGUUGAUAAGCUGAUCGAAGAGGAAGCCUUACCUGCAGAACAGAAGGAUGAGUUCAAAGAAUAUGUCAAAGUGCAAGUUCGAGCUGCAAAGAAAGCUAAUCGAGAGUCCAAAGAUGCUCGAAGGAAGGCAAUAGAAGAAAUGAGCGAAGAUACUAAACAAGCCUUUCAAAGCAUGAAGUUUUACAAAUUCUACCCUCUGCCUUCAACAGAAACACCUGACGUCUCUGGCGUCAAGUCGCCGUUCAUCAACCGAUACUAUGGAAAGGCUGAUCAAGUCCUCUGAUCCAGAAUAUCUUUUCUUGGCAGCUUCAACAGAAAUCAAACUUAGAUUUAAUCACAGGUGCUCUCAGAAACUCUUUGAGUUUAUUUAUAGUUAAAAAGCCUAGUUUGAACGACAACGUGUAAUUUUGUUCAUCUAUGAGUGUAUUCUCCUUUAGAAGUACUGAGAUCUUUGAAGUGUCACUAGAACCAUUUUUUCUCGGUGGAAAAUUUGAGACAGCUAUUUAUUAUUCUACCCUUGAAGUUAAUUUGCAA